AUGGAACCAUCUGCAAAAUCAACACCAACAAUUUGUUUGUUGUUAUUGCUUUUGAGCGGUUUUAAAGGCAUAUAUAUGCAAUCCUGCCAACAGGAUUGCCAGCAAACGGUUAUACAAAGACGUAUCGAUGGUUCGGUCGAUUUCUAUCGUCCGUGGUCGGAUUAUAAAGUUGGCUUCGGUGAUCCUUCUAAGGAGUUUUUCCUUGGUUUGGAUGAAAUAAAUCGUCUCACAAAUAGUUGUCCCACUCAGUUGCUAAUUGUCAUGGACGAUUGGGAGGGUAAUCGACGUUAUGCCCAUUAUGAUGGAAUUAUUGUGGGCUCUGAAGGUGAGAAUUAUAACCUCAAACAAUUGGGUAAGUAUACCGGAUCGGCUGGCGAUUCAAUGACAUUUUCGUUGGGACAAAAUUUCACAACAUACGAUCGUGACAAUGAUGUGUGGUCGGGUAAUUGUGCGGUGCGUUAUACGGGUGCGUUUUGGUAUAAGGAUUGUCAUCAAACGAAUCCCAAUGGCCUCUAUGGAAAAUCCAAACAAAAUGAAAGUCUUAUAAUUUAUGAUAUCCAUGGAAAACUAAAUGAAUUGGAAGAAAAUGUUGUAAAUACCCACAAAAAGUUGAUGGAAACCCAAACAAAUUUAACCAAUUGUUUAAAUGGAAAUCCCCAAUUAAAUGGUGUCUUGGAAAAAAUCCACAAAUUGGAAAUGGGCUUUAAGGAGCUACGAACAAGCAUAAAGAAACCAAGUGAUAUUGUCAUUCAACGGCGUGUUGAUGGUUCAGAGGAUUUCUUUCGUCCCUGGGCUGAUUAUAAGGAGGGAUUUGGUAAUAGUUCAGGAGAAUUUUUCAUUGGCCUGGAUAAGUUAAACAAACUUACCAAUUCCCGUCCCUAUGAGUUACUCAUUGUUAUGGAAGAUUGGGAAAAUGAUUGCCGUUAUGCGCGUUAUGAUCAAUUUAUAAUUGGCACCGAAGCUGAAAAAUAUGUCCUCAAGGAAUUAGGUAAAUAUAGUGGCUCGGCGGGUGAUGCUUUGGGUUAUUCGCUGGGUCAGAAAUUCACGACCAAAGAUCAAGAUAAUGAUGUGUGGAAUAAAAAUUGUGCUGUUGAAUUUACCGGGGCAUGGUGGUAUAAGGAUUGUCAUAGGAGUAAUCUCAAUGGGCGUUAUAUUAAAGGCGGCAAAACCACUGUUUUUGCCCAGGGCGUUGAUUGGGAUCCAUUCAAGGGGCAUUAUUAUUCUUUGAAAUUUGUUGAAAUGAUUUUGCGUCCAACUUAAA